AUUAAAAAAAAUGUGUCACUGAUUUGUGCAGCAUGUUAUCCUAUUUAUAUUCUCACCAAGAACAUUCUGUUGUUCUCUCAAGAGCCCCCAGUUGGUUAUAUGGUUAUUUGGAGAUUAAAAAAGGUUCUUGAAGUUACAUUUUAGGUGGAAAGUGUAUUGGUACUAAGUAUAAUCUGUUAACAGACGACAAACCAUAUAACCUUUUGACAUCAGGAUGUAAAACUCUUUUGAAACCUUUAUUAUGAAGGCUGCACUUUCAAAAUAAAACUAGUUUGUACACAACUGCAAAUGGCAAUUUUUCUGUUUUCGUGGAAAUGUUCAUGUUCUCUCUCUUUUUUUAUUUGUUAGGGAUGCACCGAAAUUUCAGCCGUUGAAAAUGAUUGGCUGAAAGAAAAAAUACAGCCGAAAAUAUUUGGAUAAUUAAAAGAACCUUUUUUUAAAAAAAUAAAAAAUAAAAAAAAAAUUCACUGAUUCUGUUGCAUAGAACUGAAUAAAACAAUAUAUUGGUAUUUAAUAUUAAUUUAUAUUAAAUUAAUAUAAAUUAAUAAAUAUUUAUUUUAAUUAGUUUCAUGGUGCUACUUUCAGUGAAAGUGUUUUAAAUUCAGUACAAAAUUACUUUAUAUUAUUUCAUGAAAUAGUAAAUAAUUAUUACAAAGCAUAUUCAGUGCAUCCAGAAUUUUCGGGUUUCGGCCCAGAAUUUUCAUUGUGGUGCAUUCCUAAUUUUCUAAGUUUUCAUGAAGUAAGUGAAUGGAGUGCAUACAUAUUUGAAACUGCAGCAAUAUAGUGAAAUGUCAUAAAGCAGACUCUAAAAGUGGAUAUGUGUAGUUUUUAUUUUAGGAACUUUUCUACCUAAGUAACCUUUGAAAUCUAACAUUGUUAAUGUGGCCUAAUCAGGUAGUCAUAUACUGAAUAUUUUGUGACUUGUGAUAAAACCAGGUUUUGGUGUUAAAAUACUUUCUGCUAUGCACCUUAAAUAACUAUAAGUAAGCAGUUGAUAGUUUAAUGUUUUGAAGAGUUAUCAUAAUUGCAUGUAGCAGUAUGAAAAUUCCCCUGUUUGUUUUGAGCAACCAGUCUCAAAUUGGACCAAUGGCAUGAGUCGUGGGCGGGACUGUCUGUUUGGUCGAGUAAUUGUUGAAGGGAGCGUUUGUCAUUCUCACAUAAAAAAAGUCGAUUGCCACCUUUAUGUUGAUGAACUUGGCUAAAAUCUACGUAUAUUAGGCUACCUGUGUAUUCUGAUUAAAAAUAAAUGUAAGAAUUUAUUGAAAACAGAGUAUAAUAUUGCUGUUUUAAAAAAUCUAUCAGAAAGCGCAUGAGUUAUGGUCAUUUUAAAGUUAAAAAAAAGGUACUUUAAACCGUAAAAUCACUGGAAGGUGUUAAUGCAUAACUUCAUUUUAAAGUUUCCGUGUGCAUAAGGAGGCUGAAAGACUCGCGCCUAAUAGGCCUGCAACAUAGUGACAGAGGUAAAAAUACAUGGGAACUCUUACAUCAGUGAAGUCGGAGUAUUUUAGGCUCUUGACUCUGAGUCUAUCGGUGUCAUUUUCAGUCUGAAGCACAGUAAGCCAACUUCAUCCUGCGGUUCACUAGCUUAUUUUAUUAAGGAAAACAAUAAUGUAGAGUGAGAAUUUAUAGCCAAAAGAAUGUAGUUGAAGGCAUAGUGUACACGAUACUAUUUUCACUGUAAGGUCGGCGCCAGAGAAUGACAGGUUGACCUUGUCGUCCCUUAUUGACAUGGAAGGAACAAAUGCGCCCGGCUCAGAGAGCGCAGCCUGGGCUGCGGAGGAGAGGGCAGAAAUGGCAGGUUUCGGAUAAUAAUAAGCAUGUGUUAUAUGGGGACAACAACUGCAAAUAGUUAAAAAAAGCGGCUGUGAUUCGUGUUUAGUUGUGACUGAAAGAUGUGGAAUGCAUUUGGAAAUGGAUCAAGCGGGUAUGUGAGCAAGGCGCAAGGCUGGGAGUUCGUCCCGUGCUCGCGUCCAGAGAGGGCCGGUAAGAAGGUCCAGAGUCCCGCCCGGGUUCGGUCGUUCCCGAGCAACCUUCUGGAGCAGCAGCUUCCACCUGGACCUGCAGUCGCCGCAAUCGCUGCUGCCGCUGCUGCAUCCGAUGCCACUGGCGGACAAACUCCAACCCAGGAGCUACAAAGUCCACACACGCGCAAUAAAAAGAAAUUCGAGGAAUUGAAGAAGCGCUACGAUCAGGAGAAGGAGGAGUGGAGAAUGGAGAAGGAAAUGCUUUUGAGACAAGUUGCUGAUAUUCAAGGUGGAGAGAACAGAAGGAUAUUGUUGGAUCUGAAGUGUGUUUUAGAGGAGGUGCAGUCGGGGGUGAAGCGUGAAGAAAGUAAACGGGGUGAGCUGGAGCUGCAGUACAUGAGGGAUCGAUGCGCUUGGGAACUGGAACGAUCAGAGCUGAAAAGUCGCAUUACUCAGUUAGAAGCCCGGGGAUGUAGCGUGGUGGUGGAGACUGUGAGGAGUGCAGAACUAGGGGACACUCUGAAACGGGAAAGAGCGGAACAAAAGAAGCUGCUGGCAGACACUCACACUGCGGCCAUGGACCUCCGGAGCAGGCUGGAGAACAGUGAGAAGGGCUGGGUGAAGGAGAAAUCUGAGCUGCUGGAACGCUUUGAGGCUGAGAGGAAGGAGUGGGAGAAUCAGCUCAUGGACAUGCAGCGGAAGAUUGAGGAGUUGUACAAUGAAGUGAAGGGCCAUCGUUUGGGAAGUUCUCUGAGAGCAAUUACUGAUGGACAAAAUGCACUAAGGCUCAGCUCAUGUUCUGCCAGCACUCUGUCGAGUGCAGUUACUUAUCCCUCAGAUGCCCAGAGCAAUGAAUAUUCUGAGACUCUAACCCAGCAAAGCAAUGCCAGCAUUGACUCGCAACCAAGUCAACUCAGUCACAACGCCAGUGAAUCCAGUGACCAGUGCAACAGUGAUCAGAGUGAACUAUUAAAUCAGCAAGGUGCUGCUGAACAACAGACUAUAGACACUGCAGAUCUGGAAGAAAUCCUGGAAAGCUGUUUGAAAAAGAAAAUGGGGAACAAGUCUAGCUUCAGUGGACAAGAUGACCUCCUUAACCCUUUCAAACGAUUUCAGAGCAUGGAAAUAUCCUGUGGAAGUGACAAGAAGAAGAACAAUACUGCUCUUAAUGCGGCACUUAAGGAAAUUGCCCGUGUGAGUGAAGAACUCUGUAGCUACAAGGAUGAAACAAGGAAGCGGCCUGAUAUUAAGAGAAGCCGAAGUGAGUCUACGUUUUUUCCAAGAGAGCCUGAGUUUGUGGAGAAGGUAAAGGACAAUUUGGAAAUGGAGGACACAGUUUUGUACUUGAAAAACAUGAGUGAAGACCUUAAAUCCCUCGAUGAGCAAUACUGGACUAAUUGGGAAGGUUGUAACAUGGAAUCGCAACAAAGUGAGGCUAAGCCACAAUGCAACAUAAGACAACAAGCCCCACCCAUACCAACCCGUAGUACAUCUUGGUACCUAAGCAGUCCUUCAGUUUUAGAAAUAGAGCCCAGUGAUACAGAGCAAGGGUGUCAACGGCCAGGAACCCACCCAGACAGAAAGUACACCAGCCCCGCAAUCGUACGUAAAUUUGAAGCAAUGCUUCAAGAAAACGAGGGGAAAAUUCUGACAGACUCUGGGAAUGUAGCCUGCAUCGUGCCUGUCGAUUCCAAGUGCAAUAUCAGUUGCUGCCAGAGCCGCUGGUCUUGCGAUGGAAGUAGAUUUGGCAGCAACAAGUCAUCCAGAUAUGUACCUGUUAAGAGAUGUCUCUCCAACGUAGACAUUGCAGCCGCAGUCUCAGACCGCAGUCUAAACAAAAUAGAUGAACAAAACAAGGAUGGAUCUCAUCCCAUGAACAAGCCAACAGAUUCUGUUGCAUCGCUAGACUUUAUUUCACUGUAUCCCAGUGCUACAGCUACUCCCAUAAAUGAAAGACUUGAGCAGAAAACAUUAGAGUUCAAUCGUACGCUUUUCCAGGCAGGGAUGGGCGUUCGGUGUGAUGAGGACAUUUCCACGAAUGCAUCCACUAAUUCUUCUCACAGUCUACCAGAGGUCAUAUCAAAGGACACGCUUAUAGACAGUCCUUCGAGGCAUGCUGAAGACAAUUCGAAGGAUUUGCUCUCGGAUCUUGUGGCACAGUGCCCCAAAGAGGAGAGAAGAAAGAAGGAAACAAAGGACCUUGUCACUAAGUCUUCUUCUCUGCACAAGGAACUUAGUCUAAAGCAAGACAAUGAAGCUAAGUCUUUACAGAAAGCACCAACUUCUGUUAACCAGCUUGUCCCAAGUGUUGGAGAAAAAUGCUUUGAACUCAGUACGAGUCCAUCACAACUGCAAACCCAGAUAGAAAGGUCCAACAAAGUUCUGGAUGUUGGUACAGACCAACAGCAAGCAGACAAAAAACCCAAACAGGCGAAAAAGGACACGUGUUGCACCAGGUCUCGGAUUCUGGAGAAUCCUUGGAAGCCUUCUACGCUAGCAGCCUAUCCUCGUCCGAUGGAGUCUAGGUCCAACUAUGGAGCGGUUGAGAGGAUUCUCAAAAAUUACGAGGAUUUGGAAAGAUCUCAGGAGCAGCAACAGUCACAGCCCAGUCCAGGGAAGAAGGAAGACCUUGUGGACCUCUUGGAAAUGCUGGAUAUGCAACAUGAGCCCAGAUCCAGUCAGAGACUAACACACGCACCGCACCACCAGGUCAUAGCCCACAAUGAGACACAUGUAACAGUGCAGCAAUGCAAAGAGUCCUCUGUAAGUAUCAAGAAGAGCUUUUCACGACCUGCAUGUCCGGCAAAGAGACGUUUGCCCUCUCGUUGGGCUAGCCGCUCGUCCGUCUCAUCUGCAUCAACGCCUUCACCGCCACCACCCACAGUCUUCACCCAGCGACAAACACUCACCUACUCCGCCUUUCACACAGAGACCGUGAUCUAAAUGGCCGUUAGAUUACGUCCAAUGCCUUUAAAGCUGUACAUGUAGCCUGUUUAAAUACCAACAAUGACUGUCCAAUGAUGAUUUUGUUGUUUACAUUUCUGUAACCAUGAAAUCAAACUGCCUUUUCAUUCUUUUUUCUCAAAGACUGGUUUACAUGUACAUUUCAUUUCUACAAUUCUGACUUACAAGUGCAUAUUAUGAUGUUUUCUGUUCCAAACCACUUUCAAUCUGUCGUCGUUCUAUUUUAUAGCUGCCAAUGUAGAAAUGUUUUCUGUCCAUGCUUCAAAUGUGGCCUCGUUUGUGUGUGAGGCCUGAUGUCUGAUUGAGAAUAUCUUUUACCAACUUUACCAAAAUGACUGACUCAUGUUAUUACAGAAACUAACGGAUUCAACGCUCAGUUUACAUGCUUAUCUGAUGUAAGACAUAUCAUUUAGACAAUGCCUUCGCAGUCCUUUUUCUUGAUAAUAAAUAUCACAAAUGAAACUGUAUUCAGCAUUUCUAAAAUAAAAUAUGGACACUCA